AUGCAGCAGAGAAGCGGUUUUACGCUGCGUCUUUAUGAUUAUUUAAUAACUGGUAUUUAUCAAGGACAAAACUUCAUGGAAUUAUCUGAAGGCAUUGCAUCAAUGAAUUACAGACAGUACAUGCGUAAUAAACCGGACAGCAAAGAGUUAUCUGUAAAGGAGUUUGAGAGUAUUCCUUUCAUUGCCUAUCCAAGCAACGAUAAACUAAUGGAUUUGUUUCUCAUGCAGUUUGAGCGGAACAAGAAACGUUAUGAGAAUAACAUGCAGAAACACACAGGGGAGAUUCUGUCCUGUGACCACACCUUUAGAACGAGUAAACAUAUCGGGGUAACCCGCGAGGACGGCAAGUUUGUAGGACAGUUUAAAAACGUCUUCUUGGGGGUGAACGAAAACGGAGAAGUUAUGAUGUGGAAGUUUACGAAGACGACUUCUUCGUCCGAAAUUAUCGAUUCAGUUAAAGAACUGAAAGAGAGGCUUCAUAAGGCAAGCACUAACUUAAAAAUGAUAAUAGUGGAUGACUGUUGCCACGUGAUGAACCUAUAUGGACAAAUAUUCCCGGGGAUAAAGGUUCGGCUAGACUUAUUUCACGCGUGUAUGAGAGUUGUACAAACGGUACCCAAAAGCGAAGAUUACAGUAAACAAUUUGCUAAUGAAUUUUCUUUAAUUUUCCGUCAAAAUGGAGACCUUGGUAACGAGAGAACAAUGAGCACACCUUGUCCUGAUGAAAUAGAAUCAAAUCUUGAACGUCUUCUAUUUGUUUGGAGAGAAAAGCUGAAAACGGAAACCCUUCUUCAAAUUGAAAAUUUGCGCAAGCAUAUAAAGAAAGGAUGUCUCUCGGAAAUACCUGUUGGAUGUGGGACUGAAAUAAAUGAGCGACUUCACAGACAUCUUAACCGAUCAUUACUGUGCGGAGUAUCCAAAAUUGGACCUGAGUUGGCGGUAGCGGUAAUGGCGUGUGCCUUGUAUGCAUGGAAUUGCAAACGAAGAAUAAAAACAACACUCAAUAAGAGAACAAUUCCGAUCACGCCAAUUGAAUUAGAGCCUUUAGAGUCUUUAAACCAAGCGACCCCUUAUGUUCAGUCUCACAUGACGGCUGUGGAUUCUACGUCAACGUCAUUACCCGGUUCAAUAUCUGGAACUGUCUCUAAAAAUAGCAGUAAGGCUAGUAGAAUGCCAGGGACAUCAUCCGUUUUCGUCACAGUUAAGACUGUGGAAGAACUGGAAAACGAUUCCGUCUUGAACUACAUUUUGGAACGAGCGCUGCACAUACAAGAAUUUAUCGCCAGUUGGACAACAAAAUGUAACAACAAAACAAUAGAUUUGAUUAGUCUUCUCUGGAAGAUAAACUUACCGGCAGCUAACCUUUAUGAACAGGAGUCAAAGUUAAACGUUAUGGAAUUAAAUUUGACCCCACAGCACAAAGAUAACCUGUUAAGAAAUCUCACAGGAUUUAAUCUUCAGUUGGACCCAAUUAACAAAGACGGAAACUGCUUCUUCAGAGCAACAGCCCGGCAGCUACAAAAACACUUGCAACGUUCGGAUUUACAAAAUCUACAGCAUAUUUCCUCACUGGGGCUUGGAAUCAACGAGGAACGUGACACGGAAAACCUGAGACUACUUUUCGUGCGUGAAGUCACUGAAAAUCUCGAUGAAUACAGGGAGUGGAUGUCCUAUUCGUCAAAUGUACGGGAAAUUGAACGUUUUAAAACUGAUGGCCAUUUCGCAAGUGACAUUGGCGACAUCUGUGCUAAGGCAUGUGCUAAUCUCCUCCGUGUCCCGAUAAUUGUAAUUACAGCUUUGCCUAAUGUCCCAUCCAUUCCAUUUUUACCAAAACAUUUCAUCACUGCUGUACCUAUGUAUCUGGCGUACGACCAUUCAGGUCCAGGGCAUUAUGACGCUACAAAAGGUAAAUAAGCAUGCAUAAGGCAUUAAGACGGAAUCCACUAGGAAAUUGAGUAAUUUUAAUUUUCAGUGUACAAAAAUACCAGAAUAAUUCAAACAACAUCGCAUUCUUUUUUAUAUUUUUCAAGGGCUAUGGAUGCAAUUAGUUAUCUGUAACACCAAAGAAUGUGAAAAGAAAAUGUCUCAUGAGAGCCAGAGAAAAUAAAUGUCAAAUUUCACAAAAUGACACCUUACACAUGAAUUUUCAGAACUUUACCUGUGUUUUCACAAUUCUUGUGAAAUUUGACAUUUAUUUUCUCGGGUUCCCAUCAGAAAUAGUCUUUGGUGUUAUUACAGAUAACUGUUUAUAUAUCCAUAGCCCUAGAAAAAUGUGAAAAAGAAUGCGAGGUUAAAUAAAUUGUUCUGGUACAAGAUUUUUGUCCACUGAAAAUCAAAAUUACUCAGUUUCCUGACGGAUUCCGUCUUAAGCCUUGUUUAAGUGUAGCACGUUUGCUUGGAUGAUUUUGUUAUUGGCAUUUGUACGUUUUCCUGCCCGUGUGUGUGCAAGGUCUUUUAAAUAAGCAAAUAAAUAUAUAAAGAAAUAAAUAAUGAUUUAGAGGUAACACAUCCGCAAAGUGGUUCUUCUUCUACCUGAUUCCUGAUCUAAUUGGGAUUUGGAAAUGCUACCGGCAAAAAAAAACUCUCGGAGCAAAGGAGAUGAAGAGCAACAAACUCAACCCACAUAUGGCGUCGACGCCGGGAUUAUUACCUAUUGGAUUGGCAAUCACUCAAUCAUAAAUAUCAAAGAAGAUACUCUCUUAUUUACAGAUGAAGAAAAAAACGAGUGUCUAUCAUUUGAAACGUGGAUAUCUUAAAAAUCAACUAGUCCAUAGGAUAAUAAUAAUUGUAAUAAUUAUAAUUAAUCAUGAUGAUGAUAUAUGUUUUACUUACACUGUAUUUUUUCUCUGGUAUGUUUCCAGAGUUUCUGAAUUCGAAUGAUGAAACGGAAGGAAAUGAGACUAAAACCAGAUGUACCUGUGGCAAGAAUGUGAAAGACCCUUCCAAAAUGGCUUGUACAUCUUCUAAAUGUCCUUGUAACAGAAAAAGUCAAGCGUGCUCAAGAAAAUGUCGCUGCUUCAAUUGUAAGAACAAAAAUAAUGCUGCCACUGAGGGAGGGAGACAAUUAGGCGAAACCCGCAAACGCAAACGCGGAUGUACAUGUUGUAAUACCUUAAACAAAGAAGAUAAAGGUCGUGUAUCGUGCAGAGAUGGAAAAAGAAAAAGAAAAUGUCCAUGCGUUGCUGAAGGACUCGGGUGUACCGAGUCAUGCAAAUGUUACAACUGUGGAAAUAUCUUUCAAAUUGGCGGUGUUUCCGCUUCACCAGGCACAGGAAGGAAAAGAAGGAGAGCUACCAUUUCAACCUACAAGAGACAACGAGGAAAAGAGUUUAUGGAAAGACAGAAAGCUCCAGUGACCUCGGGACCUUGGAGACUGCUAGAAACAUUGUGUCUAGUAGUUUGUAAGGAAAUUCUCUUCAUUAGAGAGCUUCCAAGAAAUUCAUCAAACUUUUCAACGCUGUACAACUUUGUUGCAGAAUCGGACAAGGUUAAGGAAAUGUCUUUAACGAUUGAACGAAAAAGUACAGCUCAAGUAGCGGCAAAAAUCGCACAUUUGUCAGAACAUAAUAAUUGUUGA